AUGCUGGCGCCCAUGCGCGAGAGCAAGCAGGACAUCCCGGCCGUGGCACUCAGGCCGAGUGCGGCGAGCAAGAACUCGUCGACCACCACGACGGCCUCGUCGUCAGCGUCAUCAUCGGCCAGCACCACGCCCGUGGCCCAGCGGCGCAGCGAGAAUAAGCGGCCGUCGGGCGGCGGCCAGCAGCACUCGCAGCCGCGGUAUGCUGCGCACUCUCUUCCUCCAUCGGAGGAGUCGAAGAAGGACAAGGAGAGCAGGGACGACAACAACAACAACAACAACAACAAAAAGAGCAAGGACAAGAAGAGCAAGGACAAGAAGAAGAGCAAGGACGAGAAGGCCAAGCAGUCCGGCGACGAGCGAGGAGCUGCGGAACGAGGAUCGCCGUCGUACGAGAAGCUGUUCGAGGAGGUGGCCAAGCUCCAGGAAUUGGAAGAGAUCAAGAAUAGCAGCAAUGAAAGGGGGUGA